AACAAACCCUUUCUGUUGAUGCAACACUAUCCAGUUUCUCAUUUUCACACAUCGCCGUUGCUCUGAGGUCGGCAAUAUGCGUAAACAGGGACAGCUGUAAUGAGGGCAUUGCAAACUGGACAAUCCCAAUGUUGCACUGCCAAAAAUGGACUUAAAGAAAUAGUUCACACACACAAAUGAAAAUUCUGUCAUCAUUUACUCUCAUGUUAUUCCAAACCUCUAGGAGAAGUAAGUCAGAAUUUAGCCUCAGUCACCAUUCACCCUAACAUUCUGCCUUUUUGUUCUAUGGAAGAAAGAAAGUCAUACAUGUUUGGAACUACAAGAGGUUCUUCUGAGGCCUUCCUGAUGGAAUCAGAAAAUGGGAGCACCUUAAUGGACAACAUAACAACAAUUAAUCAUAAGAAUAAGAGUAUUGUUAGUAAUGAUAUCUCUGUUACCUUUGGGGCCCUCAUCCUCAGCAUUGUCUUCCUCCUGGGCGUUCCUGGCAACCUCUUCAUUAUUUGGAGCAUCCUGGCACGUGCCCGAAAGCGCUCCGUGACUACCAUGCUCAUCUUCAACCUGGCGUGCGCAGAUGGUUGUCUGAUGUGUCUGACAAUUUUCUUUAUAAUAUACCUAGCCAAGAAGAACUGGGUGUUUGGAGGUGUCAUGUGCAAGUUUUUAUUCUACUUGUGUAAUACAAACAUGUAUGCCUCCAUUAUGAUCAUUAUGCUGAUGAGUCUACACAGACUAGUGGCAGUGGUGUGGCCCUCAUACUUGAUUGCCUGUACUCGUAAAAGGACGGUAUUACUUGUGCUUGGGGGCCUCUGGAUUGUUGUUUUUCUUUCGGCAUUGCCAGCUUUGAUAUUUAGAGAAGAAAAAACAGAGAAGAAUGACAAUGGGAAGGACCGCAUUGUGUGUGCAACUAAUCACGAGAAGUCAUGGCAUGUGGUUUUCCAGUAUACACUUGAGACAGUUGUUGGUUUCCUGGUACCAUAUGUGAUCAUAGUCAGCAGUUAUGUGUGUAUCCUUCGACGCCUCCGACAGACCAAGUUCAGGAGGAAGAUACGAAGCGAGAACCUUAUUCAAGCCAUAAUUGUAACGUUCUGCAUUUUUUGGCUCCCUUACCAUGGUAUUAAUAUUGUACAAGUGGUCGCAGCACUUACACCAGAGGGAUCACCACUCAAAACGAAACUAGAUAAUAUCUGGCAGUCCAGUCGUGCCGUUUCAUCCGCUCUGGCUUUUAUCAGCAGUUGUGCAAAUCCGGUCCUUUAUACCUUUGCUGGGCGCUCCUACAUCAAGGCUGAUGGCCUGGCAUUCAUGGCCAGACUCUUUGAGAGCACUGUGCUGGACAAUGGCACCAAGAGAAGCCGUCAGACCAGAGAUGUCAUUAGACUAUAAUCUUCACAAUCUUUUUUUAUGGCUGGAGCAAAGACACUGAAGAGUACUUUUUUUUUUCCUUUUCUUUUUUAUUAUUAUUAUUAUUUUUUACAUUAAAUUAUACUAAAACUGUAUUACUUAAGUGCAUGAAAUGUUGGCAUUUUGGCUGAUACUGUAGUGAAUAAACAACAGUUGAAUAAACUCAUCUAAAAAGUAGGCAGCCCUAAGGCCUACAGUUAUUAAUAGACUAUUAUCACUGGUCUGUAUGUACAUAUAUAUAUGGCAGUUUGUUUUCAUUCUAAAUUUACCUGCUUUAAAGAUUGUAAACAGCAUGUUCACAUGGAGGUCAGAAUGAAUAGGUCACGUUUACAUUAAAAAAAAUUUUUUUUUACAGUGAACGGUACAUUAUUUAAAACUAUAUAAUAUGGAGAACUUUUGUAUGUUUGUAUGCCUAACUUUUGGGAUAAGUUCCAAUGCAUUCUGUAUAAAUAGCUCCCCAUUAUCACUUGCAAAUGGAACAAAAUGGUACAAACAUGGUCAAGUACUUAUCACUACUGAGAAGGCUUCAUGUGCUUUGAAUUGUCAGUUAUAGAGCUGUUCAGCCAUGACGUCAAUUUGUAGGCAAACCCAGAAGUCUAAUUCACCAUGGGGGUUUUCCUCAAGAUUUUCCUAUGGGUUUUUAUAAUGGGGUUAUUCAACUUGAGGAAAAUAAGGUCUGUGAUAAAUAUUACUUGAUACAUGGACAUAAACUACACUUUCAUACCUCAACCGUGAAUUCUGAAGCCAUACUGAAUUGCAUAAAAAAAAAGCACAGCUUCAAAAAUUACUUGAGGAAUGAAAGUGUGUAAUUUAUGUUGUAGAACAAAAAGUCCAUGUAUUAGGUCCAUGUAUAUUAUCACAGACCUUAUUUAACUCCAGCUGAAAAACCCCAUAGGAAAAUCCAGAAGGAACACAUGGCAAAUUCUCUUCCAGGUUUUUUAACUACAACCUGAACAACUCUAUUGUGCAUUCACAUUUUGUGAAAACUCCAAAUUGCUUAUGGUCAGAUGUAAUAGGACUUUGUGUUUAAUCAUCUUUCUAUUGGUUUGGUACUAAUUGUAUUUAAUAAUGGAACUCAUUUAAACUAAUUUCAAUAUCAUAGCAGGUUAAACAUUACCAGAACACAAGCCAACUGAAUAUGAGUCAAUACAUUUUAUUCAAGUAGUUCAAAACCAUCAAAUUAAACUGGGUAAUAUGCAAAACAGCAUUUAACAAAAUCAAAUAUUACAUGUGAACUACCAUGACAUAAUAGCCAAUGUCCAAUACACAUCCAAAAUGUCUUGGAACUAUCCCACAAUAUACAAUUACAUUUUUGUCUAGAAUAUGACAUAACAUUUUUAAAAGGAAUCUUAUUUGUACAAGGAACGUAGGAGGACCUCAAUCAACACAUAGCAAAAAGCGCAGAACAUUGUUGUAAACAUCCAGUUCCAGUGAAGUCAACACCUUUAAAAAAGAAAAGAAAAAGAGAAAAUUACUACUAUACACGUACAGUAGACUGUUAUACUGAAUAAAGUAUUGGACAUUGACUCCACUCUAUUUAAUGAUGUUUGAAACUAUGUCAAAUUGAAAUACAAAUAGCCUACAUUUUUCCAACACCAUGCAUUAAAAGUUGGGACUCCUGCAGGAAAUUAGUAACAACGUUAGAACAGUUCAACAAGAUUGGUAUUUUUCACCUUCGAGUAUGGUUUUCAGAGCAUGUAGAUCAUCACUGACUUUCAGAAACACAGACUAACAUGCAUGCAAU